UCGAGGUAGCAGAUAGGUUUAAUUCGGUGGUUUAGAGCACAUCAGCCAUCCUGGAACUCAUCUGUACGCCUAAAAUAAAAACCUCCUCAGACCUUUAUUCUGUUUCUACUUCCGCCAGAACAGCUGUUCGUGUUCAGCCACGAUGGGAGAGGCAGAGACGCGACAGAAACUGCUACGCAAUGUGAAGAAGGAGGUGAAGCAAAUCAUGGAGGAAGCAGUAACGAGAAAAUUUGUGCAUGCAGACAGCAGCCACGUUAUAUCCUUCUGUGCUGUGGUAGAGGCAUGUGUGCUCCAUGGACUCAAACGUCGAAUUGCAGGCCUGCUGUGCACAAAUAAGGUUGCUGCACUCUUUAUGAAGGUGUCAAAGAGCUUUUCUCCUGCCGAGGAACUCUGCCGCAAAGUUCAGGAGCUGGAGCAGCUCAUCGAAAAUAGCAAACAGAACAACUCCUCUCUCAAUAAUGACCGCAGUCGGCAGUCGAGGUUGCCCUACCUCCCUCCCCAAGCUCUUAAAAAUCUGUGGAUUAGAACAGCUCUGAUGGAAAAACUCCUGGACAAAAUUGUCCUGUAUUUGGUGGAAAACAGCAGUGCAUUCUAUGAUAAAGAAGCCAUGUUGAUGGACCCUGUUGAUGGACCAAUCCUUGCAUCUCUUUUGGUUGGCCCCUGUGCUUUAGAGUACACCAAAGUUAAGACGUCAGAUCAUUUCUGGACCGAUCCAUCAGCAGACGAGCUCGUUCAGCGCCAUCGAAUCCACAGUGGCCACUGUCGGCAGGAGUCUCCCUCCAGAAGGCCCGCCCUGAUCCAGAAGAGACAGUCCAGUGGCAGCAUGGAUGAUCGUCCUCUCAUGUGGGUGAAAGAAUAUGUUGAGUCACUUCAUCAAAACUCAAGAGCUACUCUCCUGUUUGGAAAGAACAACGUCCUGGUGCAACCAAGGGAUGACAUGGAGGCCAUUCCAGGCUACCUCUCACUCCACCAGACUGCAGAUCUCAUGACACUGAAGUGGACCCCCAAUCAGCUCAUGAAUGGCAACGUUGCAGAAUUAGAUUCUGAAAAGAGUGUUUACUGGGAUUUUGCAAUGACUAUUCGUUUGGAAGAGAUAGUGUAUCUCCACUGUCAUCAGCAAAUAAAUAGUGGCGGGACUGUGGUUUUGGUGAGCCAGGAUGGGAUCCAAAGGCCUCCUUUACAUUUCCCCAAAGGAGGUCAUCUGCUUCAGUUUCUCACCUGCCUGGAAACUGGCCUGCUACCUCAUGGGCAGUUGGACCCGCCGCUGUGGAAUCAGAGGGGGAAGGGAAAGGUUUUUCCCAAACUGCGAAAGAGGAGCCCACAUAGCUCAUGUGAUUCUGUAUCGGAUAAGGAAGAUGAUGAAGCAACUGAUUAUGUGUUUCGGAUCCUUUUUCCUGGCAAUCAGAUAGAACUCAUGGCCCUGGAGCUAAUGGAUCAGAGUGUUAAUAUGUGGCAGCCAACCCCUAGGAAGUCCUCCUGUUCCUCCUGCUCACAGAAUGGCUCUUCUGACGGUUCUCUGCCAAAUGGCUGCAAUCAGGAGAGGGCUCCAUUGAAGCUCCUUUGUGACACAAUGAAAUACCAGAUCAUUUCUCGUGCGUUCUAUGGGUGGCUGGCGUACUGUCGGCAUCUGUCCACAGUCCGAACUCACCUCUCAGCUUUGGUCAACACCACAAUGGUUGACCCUGAUGUUCCAUGUGUUGCUCGAGGAGGGCUGUCUGUGGAGGUCUGGGCCAAUUUCCUCAAGGACAGCUCUACCUACGAAGAAAAGGAAAUCCACAGACUAGUGUAUUUCGGUGGAGUAGCCCCAUCCCUUCGUAAAGAGGUCUGGCCCUUUCUUUUGGGACAUUACGAAUUCACCAUGACAGAGAAACGCAGACUAGAGAUCGACAAGCAGAUGCAGACGCUGUAUGAGCAGACCAUGAAGGAGUGGCAGGGCUGUGAGGUCAUCGUGCGUCAGAGAGAAAGAGAAAAGCACGCUGAGGCGCUUGCUCGAUGUUCGUCUGGUACUAGUGUGGAAAGAGGACCCAUACAGCGAGACUCCACCAUCAGCACAGAUUCAUCUCUAAGUAGCAGCUCAGACCCACAGCAUGGCAACUCACAGAGUGAAUCCAGCUGCAGCGAACAGGUAUUUGAAACGGCUGAAGCUGAACCAAAGGUUGAAGAGGGAGAGAAGCAGCUCAGCAUCCCUGUGAAAAGCACAGAUGGUCAGCAACUCCCCCUCUGCGAUCCUUCUCCCUCCGUUGUGUCAGCCUGUCCUCAAGAUACAGAAAACAACCCUCCUGUGACUGAAUCCAACACGGAACCAGAACCCGCUCAGAAGAAUGCUGAUAAAUCUGAAGAAAACAGCCAGUUUCCAAAAUGUGAUCCAGGAGGAAAAGAUGGGGAAAUUUCAGCCACUGAUAAUGAAACCGUAAUGGGGAUAGAUACAAAAUUAGAAAGUGAGAAGGUUGAAAUGGAGAAGUCCACUGAGACUUCUCCAUGUGAGGGUAAAGAAACAACCCACAGAGUUUUAAAAGCGGAACACACUAAAGUAAAUUUGAAAUCUGCUCCAGAGAAGACUAACAUUUUGAAGCUUGAAAAAGAGAUACAUAAUGAAUAUUUCCAAGCACCUCCACUCGGGCAGACCUUGAGCAUUCAGGUACACAAGAAUAGAGAUCUGGAAGGGAAGACAUACUGUCCACAUGUUGCCAGAGAGGGCGCUAGUUCACAGUACAGAAAAAAGACAGACAUUUCAGAAGAAAACGAGACCACAGAAGCAAAUAUCGAAACCAUAAAAACAGCAGAGAAUCCGCCUGGUUCAAAUUCUCCAGUCAGACAAGUACUGAACGCUCUCCAGUCAGCCUCAAGGGGCAGCCUCACGUUAUCCUCCCAAUCUCGGCAGUCUCCAGACACGGCUGAUUCAGAUGACUCUCCUUCCGCUUUGGAGAUGGAGGAUAUUCCUGUGGGAAUCACAUGUGUGACCUCGCAGGAUAUGAACACUAGGCCUUUGUUGGGCCUCGCUGCUCCUCCUGUCUCCCUGGCGCAAAGACAGAAAAUAGCAGCCGAGGCCCUGGUCCUGGCUCACCACCAGGCCGCUGCUGGUAACACCAGUCCUGAGAGCACCGACCUUGGCCUUUCUGAAGAAGAGCCGGAGAUGGAUAACGUGCUUGUGGAACCAGAGUCUAAUGAGUCAGGAAGUGUCACCAAAUAUGAGGAACCCUCAGGGCAGCAGACCUACUCUCAACAAAUACAGGACAUGUACCUGAUCAACUUGCAUCGCAUUGACAAAGAUGUUCGACGCUGUGACAGAACAUACUGGUACUUCACUCCAGAGAAUCUAGAGAAGCUGCGCAACAUCAUGUGCAGCUACGUGUGGCGGCAUCUGGAAACUGGUUAUGUGCAGGGCAUGUGUGACCUGCUGGCUCCCCUUCUGGUCAUUCUGGAUGACGAGGUGAUGGCCUUUAGCUGCUUCACUGAACUGAUGAAAAGGAUGAACCAGAAUUUUCCUCAUGGGGGUGCAAUGGACUCACAUUUUGCCAACAUGCGUUCCCUCAUACAGAUCCUUGACUCGGAGCUGUUUGAGCUGAUGCAGCAGAAUGGAGACUACACCCACUUCUAUUUCUGCUAUCGCUGGUUUCUUCUUGACUUCAAAAGAGAAAUGGUUUAUGACGACGUGUUCUCCGCAUGGGAAACCAUCUGGGCAGCCAGGCACACCUCCUCUGGACACUUUGUGCUCUUCAUCGCUCUGGCACUCGUGGAGAUGUACAGAGACAUCAUCUUGGGAAAUAACAUGGAUUUUACAGACAUUAUCAAAUUCUUCAAUGAAAUGGCAGAGCGACAUGACGUUCCACAGGUCCUGAUGAUGGCCCGAGACUUGGUCCACAAAGUGCAGACCCUCAUAGAGAACAAGUAACGCAGGACUCUGCAGCCAUGGUCGAUUUAUCUGACUUGAUAGUCAUAUACAGUAUAUCUCUAUAAGAAAAUAGUGUUUGAAAACUGGUGCACAUUUACAGUAAAGCUGCUCAUUAUUCUAAAAACAUUAUAAAAUAGGUUCUGUUUGCUCCUGUUUCGCAGUAAGGAGAUGCGAGUAUUGUCAGUAAACAUGAUUUUUGAAGUGUUAAUGUUCACCCAGUGAAUGUAACCUGUAUUGAAACAGCUUCAGGAUAUUUUUUUAUUUUGCCUUAAAAUUCAGCUGUUGUUUCAGGGAUGCAGCAACCAAUUUUUUUCACUCUGUUUACACACUUCUACCAUGUGCAUUUGUGUGUCACAUGUCAUGUAAAGCAGUUGAGUAUGUUUUCGAAAUGAUCAUUUACCUGUAAUUGUACCUGCCAUUGUUUGACAUGACUUCUUUUGGGAUUUCUGAUCUUGCAGGAAAUGCAGACCAGCACAUACUUACUUUAGAUGCCAUCAUUUACUCAAGUGCGUGUUUUAAACUGAGCCUUCUAUGUUUGAACUGCUCUGCACUUUGCUUUUUUAUCCUUUUCCAGUUUUCACUGGAAUCUGCUUGUUGAAACUGUAUUUGCAGAUAGCCAUGUGCCACAUCUUCCUAGGUCUGUCAGCUUGUCACUAUUUCUUAUAAAAAGAUUAACACAUGCAGAGCUAAAAUGAGCCGUGCAGCACCAGAAGCUGUUGUGCUACAGUCAGUUUGCAGUGGUAGCUCUCACCUCCUUAACACGUUUAUCAAAGGAGCAGUCUUGACAGUUCAUAGUUGCCUUGUCUUUAACUCGCCUGAUUUCUUUGCCAAACUCCUCAACAACAAUGCUGUCGGCGAGUCCUGAGCCUCUCUGCAUCAUUUUCCUGCAAAACCUCUUUACCUCCCCGAUGACAAGAAAGGAUUCUCCUGUUCAUCCUUGUUAGGAAGCAGGCCUACAUUUUUCUUUUCACAUCAGUUUCAGACUGUGCCUCGUAAUUUCUUUUAUAACUUAAACUAAAUUUAAUUUACUGUCAGUGGGCAAUACUGCAGAAGUUAAGAUGCAACAAUGCUGUGUUAUUUUGCUUGCAGGAUUUGAAAUGCACUCAAUUUGAUCCCCAUAUUCCAUUCCUUUAUUCAGUAUUGAAACAAGAAAAAAAACUCUUUUACAACAGCUUAUUUCAGGAUUUAUUAACUCAAUUUUAGUAGAAAAUAAUUUCUAAUCAAGCUCCUAUAUCCUAGUUUUUUUUGUCUUAAAUUACUGCUCAAAAUGUUUUUUUUUGCCUAUUUUCAAGAUUUUACCUUCUUACUAAGGCCUACACAUUUUUUUCUCAAAUCAAGACAUCUUGUCAAGUAAAAGUCACUAGCUGCACUAUCAGAUAAUUUGAUGUAUGUCUUGUCAAUUUCUUUUUUUUUCCUUCUCAAUUCCUAUUAAAAACAAAUCGUUUUUUUCUAGAAUAUGGGUUUUUUUUUUAGUGUGAGCGUCAUUUGAACAUUUUUUUAAACUGUAUAUUCUUCCCCAGAGAUAUUAGUAUUUAAUGUUAGUGUACAAACCUUCGCUGAUUCGGUAUUUCCAAUGAUGAAUAUUUAUAUGGGAGACAGUUCCGACAUGAAUAUCUUAAAAUCUGUGCAAAAAAAAUGUAAGAAAUGUUCAACAUGGCAAAAUCUGGUAAAUUGGUGCCACCCACCGUUUUCAAUAAGUCCAAAACAUUCCUUUUUGUGGCUUCAUUUCCGACUUGUUUCAGUGUCACUGCUAACGUAUCCGUGUACAACUUAAAUAUGCCAGAGUACCGCUAUCUGUGUAUUGCUGUUGUCAAAAGGUGUAAAAAAUGUAUUGAAAUGAAUAUUGUAAAAAAGCUAUUACAUAUUUUAAAAAUGCAAUAUGAUGUAUAUGGAGCCUCGUCUGAAAAUAAUGAAAACACAAGUAUAUCACUGGAAAUUUAUUUUUUUCUGUCCUCUAAAAUGGUUAAGUAUAAUUAUUGUGUAUUAAAAUAUAUUUUGGACACCA